CCAAACGGCGGAUGGAUAUAUGAAUGAUGAUGAUGGCCAGCUAGCCAGAGCAGUUCACUUUUAAACGUAGAACAGACAAGACGUGUGAAUAGAAAAGAAGAUAAUCGAGAAAAAAACAUAGAAGAAUAAUCGUGAAUAUUUGCCGAUAUACAAAACACCUGAAUUACGCUAAAAAUAAAAUAAAACAAGAAACACAAAAUAUAUUUACGCCAAAAAAAAAAUAAAAAUAAACAAAAUCAACAAAAAUGCAAAUUCUUGAACAAAGAGAACCCGUCAUGACCUCAGCCAGCACAGAAAAUUUCCAGCAAUAUGACAAUGGCACGGCAACAGCAUGUAACAGCAACAACAAGGCAGCGGAAAUUAAAGAAAUUCCACCAAGCUUUCCCGGAGUUUCUCAGCUAUUGCCACACCUCUACUUAUGUGGGGCCAGUGUUCUCUCGCCCACUGUGAUCACUUCUCUUGGCAUCAAUUUGGUCAUCAAUGUUGCCUCCGAACUACCCGAUACCCCACUACCCACCACUGUACCCAUUUUGUAUUUACGAAUUGAUAUCUCGGAUCGUCCAAAUGCGGAGUUGCACAAACAUUUCGAUGAGGUGGCCGAUAUGAUUGAAGAAGUACGACAAAAUGGUGGUAAAACCUUAGUCCACUGUGUGGCUGGUGUUAGCCGUUCGGCAUCCCUCUGUUUGGCCUAUUUGAUGAAAUACUGCGGCAUGACCCUGCACGAUGCCUUUAUGCACAUCAAGAGUGUACGACCUCAAAUUCGACCCAAUACUGGAUUUUUUGAACAACUCCGUUGCUACGAUGAACAAAUUCAUGGCCGGCAAUCGGUGAAAAUGGUAUUUCUCGAGUGUUUACAGCGGGAAAUUCCCGAUGUUUAUGAAACGGAAUUUCGUCCCAUGGAAGAGUUCUAUCAGCGCCAGCGGCUGGCCAAUAAACGUAACCGCCAGACACCUUUGACCACAUAGGGGGGAUGAACGUGGGCACACAUUCAAGGUUAAAGGGAUACAUUUUCAUCAUCUUUACAUUUUGUAGCACCCGCAAAGGCGAGGUUUCCUUCCUCGCCUCAAGGAAAUAAGCAUUUUUCUUAAAAUCACUGUAAUUGUCGAAUAUGUUGGAAAUGAAAAUAUCCGAAUGGAGGUUAACUGUGCUGUACUGAAGCAAAAGGAGAGAACUUUAAUGAUUGACGGAUUGCAAGUCCGUCCUGAGAGGGCAAAAGUAUUUUGUGAAUCGUUAGCGCAUGCGCAUAUGUAUGUUUGUUUAUUGUGAAUUUAGUUUAGUCGUAAAUUGCACAUUUGUACAUGUUACACACAUACAUACAUAAAUCACAUUCAUCAACGAUACACAUUCAAAUAUAUUUUUCUUUUGUAAAAAUUUAUAAAUAAAAGAGAAGAAACAAAU